GGAAUGCAAACUGUGAUCGCAAUUACCAAAAGUUUGUUCGUUUGGCUUAAGUUAUUUUCAUGUCCCAAAAAGCACACACAAACGCCACGUGGUGGUGAUCUAUGGAGAUCGGUUUCGGUUUCGGUUUGGCUUAACCCCCGCCAUUCAAGGAGGUGUCCUCUUGAUUGGAACUAACUGCCUUAUCAAGGAAUCUUAGUCGGCAUUGGCUACGUCACCAUCCAGAAUAGCAGGUGAGGAUCGAAAUCGAAAUGGAAACAAUCAAAACACCUGAAAUGUGUAUGGCGGGGUUCAAUCUCUUCCUUGGAAACCAAUCAAUCCAUACCAAAUUGCACAAUUCCCGCUGGGAGGGAGAGAGAGUGAUAAUGACAAUGAGAUACUAAAAGUUAAGUGAUAUGCUCCGCCCCCCUCCAAAAAAAAAAAAACCAACAGACGCCACCUGAGGUGAGCUCCUCUCCCCAAUGCCGGUUGAUUACCGAUCGGCUUCCGUUUGGAACUCGGGCAGGGAGUCGGCUACUCGGCUCCACUUGGUGCGCUGGCAUGAAAUCGGGGCUCGUAAAGCCAUUAUCACUAUAUUGCUUGUCCGAUUUGCGACAAUUCCCGUCGCCGUCGCCUCAGACCGUCGCAAGACCGUAAAAUCUGAUUUCUGUAGACGUGUCGUCGCUCGCCACAAACCAAUUCGAUAUGGCUUUGGCAGCGAGAUAAAAGAGCUCCCGGAAAGCCCUAGCUAGCUACAGAGAGUGGGAUAGAGUGAGCCAAGGAGCCCUUGGAGGCAGCAAGAUAAGAAGGGGGUAAGGGCUCCAAGGGGACAUACGUGGCAACCACCCAGAUCCACCUCCAGCUCCACCUCCACCUCACACACCCAACACUGAUAACUGUGCAACGUACACAGAGAACCACUCGCAGUGCUCCAGUUGCUCCACUCGGUUUAUCAGUUUGGAGUGACAAGCGGAAAUUAAAGUUGAAAUCGACACGAUUACUUCAUUAGUUCUGUUUGGAAAAAGAGUUCCCGCGUCUCCCAGAGGUCAGGUCGGAGUAGUCCCAGUAGCUCUAGUUGACAAGGUCACCCAGGAGCCGAUUGAUGGAUUGGCUUGUUGUCGGAUUGUCGGUGGCCAUAACUAACCAAUUAGCGAUUUGCCAUUCGUAGCAGGCAAAGCCAGGCACCUGGGCUCCAGCAAUGGGAUGCGCCGGAGAAAGGUAUUUCAGGGUUCCGGUGCCCCAAGGUGAAACGCAAUCAGAAAUACAUGUAUAUGUUUAUGUGAGACGAGCAGCCAAGUGCCAAGUCGAGUUAAGCCUGAAGACUUGGACCCAAUUCGAUCAGGUGCAAGCGACAGAAAAGCAAAAAACAGCAGCAGCAAAAGAAAGCAUAGGCAAACAGAGAGGCCACGUACUUGUUCGGGGGAGUACAGUAGGAGCACCUUAUGAAGAAUUUUAAAUAUAUACCAUAAAGAUAUUUCGUAGUUUUAAUAUUCUUAAAAAAAUUGGUUUUUAAAGGUGAAUAGAUAAUCGUAACAUGAGCUACAAUCUACAAAUCUAGGAAGGUUUACUUUAAGACCAGAAUCAAGAAUUUGUUCAAUAGCUCCCUAUCCUUAAAAUGAUCCAUGGAUAUCGGUGAGUGAAAUAGAGAUGCUUAAUAAAAACUUUAUGUUAGUAUUAUAUUUAGUAAUGGUACUGUUCCUGUGGCACCCAAUCGUAUACCGAUGUUCAAUUAGUUUCCAAAUUAAAUCUCUUUACCCAAACAUAAUAAUCUCCAAAUGUAUAGCCAGGCCCUUUUGACCAGCUCACAGUGCACCACCUCACCUCCAAUGACCCGACCUUUCACUGUACUAAGGAUGAGUGGAGGAACCCUGAGGAGAUGUCAUUGGAUUGGACGUGGACGUAAGCGAAAGGUGUAGACGCAGACAGAGACGGAGACAGAACUUCAGCGAAUAUGCCAAGAAUAUCCCUCGACCUCACCGACAAUGUCAAUGCCCAGAACGAGAGUGAAACGGUUUUCCUUAAGAUCGAGGCCAACUUCCGUGAGGGUCAAAUCAUACGGAGCAUGUUCCAGCCGGGCGAGGGCUGGCAGCAGGAGGAGAUUAGCAAGAAUUGGAAGUGCGACGGGCCCAAGAAUCCCCUCCAGCCGGGCCAGACCUUCACCUUCCGAGUGGCCGUUCUGCAGCGGUGCUUCGAGAUCUAUGUGAAUGACCAGCUGUAUGGCUCCUUUGAGUUCGUCAAGUUCCCCAAGCAAAUUAAUUUCGUGCGGUUGUACGGGGACUUUGAGAAGAUCACCCAGUUCCAUCAUCGCAUGCUCUUUCCGCUUGUCUUUCCGCGCACCCUCAUGUGCCCGGACCGGGUCGCCUUCCAGAGUGACGUGCCCCGGAGAUACGAGACGGGCACUGUGGUGGCCAUGGAGUGCAUAGCAAAGGGUCCGCCCACCACGGAGUUCUCCAUUUGCUUCCAGUGCAACGACACUGGGCGAACAGUGCUCCGUUUCCAUGUGAACUUUGAUAGGACCACGGUUUCACGUAGCUAUCAGCGGGAUGAUAACAGCUUUGCCCCCGAUGACGAGGAGACCGAGGGUGAGUUCCCCUUUGUGCGCGGCAAGCUCUUCAAGAUUGCCUUUGGACUGGGGGAUCGCGCCUUCCUGAUCGCUGUGAAUGGUCAGUACUUCACCUACUACAACUUCCCGGGACGUCCCUUCUCCAUCUCGACGCUGAAGUGCUUCACCAACGAUGUGGGCGACUUUGCUGUUAGGAAUCUGGAAUACCAUUCCGACUCGCCGCUCUUGGCACGCGUGGAGAAGCUGUCCAUUAUCUAAAUUAGAUCUGGGAUUGGUUUUAUCUUGUAGCAAAUGCUCUUUGUUCAAUCGUUGGCUUUGAUCAGUACUUUUAGCACCAGUUAACUUCUUCUUGUGAGCAACGAAAAUAAAGCAAAGCCUGUCCUUCAUUUCUUCA